UGAUUUACUGGUUGUUAUAUAGUAACUACUACAUUCUGAAUUUGCUGCCUGAGAGCCUUGACUAAAAUCGACUUUUAAACUUGUUUGAUUUCAGCUACAUGUAAAUUCCGUACGAGCUUGGUCAGCCAAAAACGGUGGCAUAAAAUUUAAUGCUUUUUGGUUUUGACUUUUCUUUGAGUCCAUAAGACUUAUUAUUGAUUAGCUUCAGUAGUAUUCUAGAGAAGCAAUUAAGAUGGUUGCACUUGAUGUGUUUGGCGUUGCUUUGUUGGCAUGCCUUGUAGGAGUGGUAUCGGGUGAGACUUGUCCGUCUUUAAUCAACUGCGGCGAUCUGGGUAGCAUCACUUUUCCUUUCACCAACACACUUCACCCAGACUGUGGCAUAUUGGUGAUACAUGGCUGUGAUGACAAGGAACCAGGGGCCAAAAAAACCAUAAAAUGUAACAAUACAUGGUUUGAUGUUGUCGGGCUCGACCAGUUUACGAUUACCAUAAAAGACGAUAAACUGCACGACUUGUUGCUACAAAGAAGUUGCGACACCUUCAGCUACAGCUCUACGUUCACAGUCAGCUCCCCUUUGCUUAAGGCUUCUCGUUUAAAGCAUUACCUAGAGAUACUCAGAUGCAACCACACCCUCGGUCAUCCACCAAAAAAUUCUGUUUCUAACUCCACACUUUGCAAAAAUGAAACACUCUAUUCAAUGGUGGACCCCAACCCCUCCGGCUCCGGGUACAGUCAUCACAAUGGAUGUUCGAUGCUUCUGAUUCCAACCAGCUUGCAGCUACUGGAUCGCCAUGGCCAUCUAUAUUCCAGUGACCCUUUCGAGUUCAUAACUGAUAAUAUCGCCGUCGAAAUAGAAUUAUCUCCGGAUUGUUCUACUUGUAUCUAUGCUCAUGGAGGCCAAUGUCGGCUUGACAACACCCAAAAGUUUUAUUGUUACAAAGGAAAUAAAUCGACUCUUCUUAUAGCAGCAAUUGCAUCUGCCGGUGGAGCACUAGGAGCUAUGAUAUUUUUGAUUUGGUGCAUUAGAAGACGCUUUUACAAGAAGAAAAAUCCCACCCACCAAAUAAUUGAGAUGUUUCUGAACACCCACGGUCACCUUGCAGCCAAAAGAUACAGUUAUUCAGAGAUAAAGAAGGCCACCAACUCCUUCAGAUACAAAUUGGGUCACGGAGGAUAUGGUAGUGUAUAUAAGGGGAAGUUACAAGAUGGAAGCCUUGUGGCAGUAAAAGUUUUAAGCGACUCCAUAGGUAACGGUGAGGAAUUUAUCGAUGAAGUUGCUAGCAUAAGUGUCACUUCCCAUGUUAACAUUGUUAGUUUACUGGGAUUCUGUCUGGAAGGUUCUAAAAGAGCUCUGAUAUAUAAGUACAUGCCUAAUGGGUCACUUGAGAAGUUCAUAUAUGAAGACAAGGAUCCACUCAAGCUCAAUCUUCAAUUGAGUUGCAAAACCAUCUACAAUAUUGCAAUCGGCGUUGCUCGAGGAUUGGAGUAUUUGCACAGGGGUUGCAAUACUAAAAUCUUGCAUUUUGACAUCAAACCUCACAAUAUAUUGCUAGAUGAGGAUUUCUGUCCAAAGAUUUCCGAUUUUGGACUAGCUAAAAUAUGUCCAAAGAAAGAGAGUAUUGUGUCCUUAUUGGGAACCAGAGGAACAGCGGGAUACAUUGCUCCUGAGGUAUUCUCAAGAAACUUCGGAGAAGUGUCACAUAAAUCUGAUGUGUACAGCUAUGGAAUGAUGGUUUUGGAAAUGGUUGGGGAAAGGGUGAAUAACAAUGUUGAAGUUGAAUGUUCAAGUGAAAUAUAUUUUCCACACUGGGUUUACAAGCGUCUUGAACUGAAUCAGGAGCCUAGAUUGCGAAGCAUAAAAAAUGAAAGUGAUAAAGAAAUGGUACGAAAGUUGGUUAUAGUGAGCUUAUGGUGCAUUCAAACAGACCCGUCAAAUAGGCCAGCAAUGAGUAGAGUGGUAGAUAUGAUGGAAGGAAGCAUGGAGUCCUUGCAAAUACCACCAAAACCUUAUCUCUCUUCACCUCCCAGAUCUCCCCCAAGACCCUCGGAUCACAACACUUACACAUCUCACACUACGUAUCCUUCUGAGAACUGAUUAUUUUCAUCACUUAUAAACCAACACGUGUUCGUGCGUAUUGUUUUCUUGUUUAUACACACUUUUGUUAUCAUGGAUUCAAGCCUGAAAAAUAAACGUUGUUCUGGAUUUUCUAAA